GUCAGUAUAAAUGUGACUGUUCCAGAAUGCCUUUCUCCCUGUGGAAUAGGCGUGUUUUUAGAAGAAAUCUGUGUUACCUAUUUAAAAAAUGUUACAUAUUUCAUCUUGGAUUACGGAUAAGACACAUAUGUCUAAUUUGCACAUAAGGAGUACCCCAGAAAUAUGACUUGAAAUUGAGGUGAAGACUGAAUAGUUAUAAGGCUUCGGCUGUGAAUAUUUUAGUUAUCAAUAAUGACGUCAAGACUAGACCGGCUGUUUGUGCUGCUAGAAACGGGUUCGUCAGCGGUGACGCGGCGCGCGGCCGCCACGCAGCUGGGCGAGGUGCAGCGGCUCUACCCGCACGAGUUGCACAAGCUGCUAGGUCGCCUGAAUGCGCUCAUCCGCUCGCCGGUCUGGGAGACCCGCAUCGCGGCCAGUGCCGCCGUCCAGGCCGUGCUGGAUAGUGUGCCGCUCUGGGAUCCGGCCGGCACUGAUUGCAAGCCUGAAAAAGAUGUAUGGCAAAGUGGUCGAUUGACAUUUUCGAAUUUUGAUUUGAAAAAUGUGAUUUCGAAAAGUGAUUGUCUGAUGGGAUCCGAAGGCAAAGAGUAUGAUGCAGAGGCCGAUCAAGAAGGUAAGAGAUCUGGCAAUUUAAUUUUAAUAGGUGUUGAAAGACUGGCUCGCGAGCGGCAACAGCUGAACACCCGACUGCUACAACUGGGUCAUGAGACGACUGCACUGGCUUCCAUGCUGAUCUCGGCCGAAGAUAUCAAACCGAGCUCCACUCCGCAGUCUCCAUCUAAUAAGCUGAACGUGAGUGAGGUAGUGAACGUCAGCGGACUGAGCUCGCGCGAAAUGAACCGCGAGAAGCGGAAGGCGCGACAGGCGAUGAUGCGACAGAAGUCGCGCGACGCGAGCUGCGACCAGCCUGACGAUGGAGGGUCGGGGGUGGAGGAGCCCGAGCGCAAAAGGAUCAAACAGGAGGAGGUGGAGGAACCCCCAACCACACCCGGGGAGAGUGUGCCUGAUAUGACUGGCGUUUGGGGACCUGAGGCAGUGGAUUGGCCGCUGGAAUCGUUUGCGGAAGGCCUGUGCUCGUCGCUGUUCAGCCUGAACUGGGAAGUGAGGCACGGAGCCGCCACUGCGCUCAGGGAACUCAUUAGGAUUCAUGGCCGUGGAGCCGGCAAGUCUGCCGAUAUGCCGUCUAGUCAGAUGGAGGAGAUGCACCAGAGCUGGCUGGAGGACGUGUCACUGCGACUGGUGUGUGUGUUGGCACUGGACAGGUUCGGCGACUAUGUCUCCGACCAAGUGGUCGCCCCUGUCCGCGAGACCUGCUCUCAAGUUAUUGGAUCUGUAGUGAAUCUGAUGAGUAAGGAGCGCGUUGAAUACCUGAUGAGAGUGCUGCUGCAGUUGCUAGAUCACCCCGACUGGGAGGCUCGUCACGGGGGUAUGCUUGGCCUCAAAUAUGUCCUGGCUGUGCGAGGGGACCUAGUGGACACUCUGCUGCCGCUGGCAUUCCCUUCCAUCCUGCAAGGUCUAAGUGACGAGGUCGACGACGUGGGUUCAGUGGCGGCGGCCGCCCUCAUCCCCCCCUGCACCGCCCUCACCCGACUGCUGCCCCACCACAUCCCCACCACCGUGCAGCGCCUCUGGGACCUGCUGCUAUUGGCCGACCACCACGAGUUGGCCUCCUGCAACAGCUUCAUGGGUCUCCUGGCUGCCUUGCUCAGCGAUCCCAACGUGCAGAGUUUGGUCAGUACCGAUCAGAGCGUGGUGUCGCGACUGUGGCCGUUCCUGUCGCAUAACACGUCGUCAGUGCGUAAGGCGACACUUCAGACGCUGCUCACUCUGACGGGGGGGAGGGGCACCACCCACUCAUGGAGUCACACCCUGUUGCAGCAGGCGCUCUGUCACAUCUACCAGCGAGCUUUAAUCGAACCAACACUAGAUUUAGUCGAAAAUGUAUGGGAAAAUCUUGUAAGAAAUAGCAGUUUAGAAAACCUUCUUCUAGCAGUAUGUCCCUGUGUUAGUACCUGGUUAUGUUUAGCAAUGCAACCUACCAAAAUCGCAUUUGAUCCGUCGGUGCUCAUUCAAGCUAAAUCGUCGGUAAAGGAACAAAAAUCUCGCAAUAGAAAUCGCAAUUGUAUGAACGCAGAUGCUGGUGGAGCAAUACCCAAUUGCGAGCUGAAACUGUACAUCGGAGGCUCGGAGACAGUUGCUCUGGCAACCAGAGAGAAGCAUGCAAUAAUUGCACGGUGUAUGGCUGCCAGAAUGCUCGGUCUGCUGUCGUGCUACAUAGUGAAGCCAGCGCCGGGCGUAGACUACACGGCCGACGUGGAGUCGCCGAUUGACAUCUACGUGAAGGUAAUCUGCGCACACCUGAACUCCAAAUCGGCGCUACAGCGCAUGGUGGCCGGACUGGUGGUGGCCGAGUUUGCGCGCAUCGAGAGGCCCCUCCCCCAUCCCCCCGCUCUGGUCGCCAGGCUGCAUGCAGCGCUCACCGAGAAUGUCUACUACGACGAGAUAUCCACCUCGUUCAUACGGCUACUGCAGGAGGCCAACGACUUCAUAGCUACGCUCAAGCACUAUAACAUACCGUUUGACCAGGAUGCUUACAGGAAGGUUUUAACUCUUGAACAAAUUCAACAACUGAGUGGUCCCGCAUUCCAGCAAAUUCUGAUCAACUGUAAACUAAAGACCAAAAUUCACGAAAACCUAGAAUCUAGAAGAAAAUCCAUCCAAGGAGCUGUUUCUCAAACUAGUUCAGAUCAGCAGCUUCUUACAAUAUCAACUCAAGCAGCCUUGGCAGGCGCCACUCUUAUGCUUGGAAGUCUUCCUGAAAAGUUGAAUCCUGUCGUAAAACCACUCAUGGAAGCGAUCAAAAAAGAAGAAAACCAAGAAUUGCAGGUGCUUGCUGCAAAACACUUGGCUGAGCUGAUGAGUGUCUGUAUUGACAGAAAUCCAUGUCCCAACAGUAAGAUAAUCGUCAAUCUUUGUAAUUUUCUUCGGUCGGAUGCUGAGUUUACUCCAAAAAUUCAUAAACAAGAAGGAGGAGGCUCCAGUAAAGAACCGGCAGCAUCAAAAGCCAAUUCGAAUAACUGUUUCACGAACAAUGAUAACUACUCGGGAAUACUCACUCUCAUCAAUCAACAUAAGUCUGCUGAAAUAGCCGUUUUAAAAAGAACAAACUCUUCUGGUAACCGAGGUCCAGGAAGGCCACCGAUAACAGACAUACCACUCGAAGAACUAUUCGCUGCUGAUGAUGAUGUGAAAAAGAUGAACAGAAUUCAGAGGCGUGGUGCCGUGUUUGCGUUAACUACAGUAGCCUCUCACUGCGGCAGUGAACUGCCAGUAAAGCAACCAAAGCUGUGGGAAAUGAUGAUUGCACAUCUACAGGAACUCAUUGAUCCUAACUCUUUUGUACCUGCGUCGGCAGUCAAUUGUGAUUCAGUUGCCGAGGAUUUGGUUUCAACUUUGCAAAUCCUUGAAGUCACCACUCCAGCUCUUCAUUCCUCUCUGAUUCCUCAGAGAGGAAUGAAGAGCUGGAGUGGUGACUUCAAGAUUUGCAAAGUUGAAACCAAAUCCUCGGCAACUGAAUCACAAUUUACUGCCGACGCAGGACUUAUGACAGCCGUCGUGGAGCGCGUGUUGCCGCUGCUGGCCGCAACGCACUGCGACUCGAGUCGCCAGGGAGCCGCGGAGGCCAUCGCAUGCCUCAUCGACAAGCUGCAGUUCAAUAUUGUGCCCUAUGUCGUCCUGCUCGUCAUUCCAUUGCUUGGUCGAAUGAGCGACCAGGAUACGUCGGUGCGUCAGAUAGCGACACACUGCUUUGCCACGCUGAUCCAACUGAUGCCAUUGGACGGCGCCAUUCCCAAUCCCCCCGCACUCACAGCCGAGCUCACCCUCCAGAAGGACAAGGACAAGGCAUUCCUCGAACAACUCUUCAACCCCAAAACCAUUGAGGACUACAAGGUGCCCGUGCCUAUCAACGCGCAGCUCAGGUCUUAUCAGCAGUCUGGUGUCAACUGGUUGGCGUUUUUGAACAAAUACAAACUGCAUGGAAUACUGUGCGAUGACAUGGGUCUAGGAAAAACACUGCAGUCAAUAUGCAUUCUUGCCGGUGAUCACUAUACAAGACACCAACAAUAUAAGGCCACAAAAAGUCCAGACUGUGUACCUUUGCCAUCUCUAGUGAUUUGUCCUCCAACGCUCACUGGUCACUGGGUUUAUGAAGUUGAAAAGUUCCUAUCCAAAAAGUAUUUGAAUCCGCUACAUUACGCUGGACCUCCUGUUGAAAGAGAACGGUUACGUUCGAAAGUCAGCAAGCAUAAUCUGAUUAUAGCCUCCUACGAUAUUGUGAGGAAAGACAUCGACUUCUUCUCAGUCAUUAAAUGGAACUAUGUCAUCUUGGAUGAGGGUCAUGUCAUCAAGAAUGGCAAAACUAAGUCGUCGAAAGCGAUCAAGCAGCUGACGGCCAACCACCGGCUGAUCCUGUCGGGGACUCCGAUCCAGAAUAACGUGCUCGAGCUUUGGUCACUGCUGGACUUCCUGAUGCCCGGCUUCCUGGGCACCGAGCGCCAGUUCACCGCCAAGUACAGUCGGCCCAUCCUCGCCAGUCGCGACCCCAAGAGCUCCAGGCAGGAACAGGAGGCUGGUGUUCUAGCCAUGGAAGCUCUCCACAGACAGGUUCUUCCAUUUGUUCUUCGAAGAAUGAAAGAAGAUGUUCUCAAAGAUCUUCCACCAAAAAUCACUCAGGAUUAUUAUUGUGAUCUAAGCCCUCUACAAGAACAACUGUACGAAGACUUCACCAAGUCGCAUGCUCAUCAAAACCUUGCUCAAACAAUUGGCUCCAAAGUCAGUAGUUCUCUUCUCCAGGCUCUUAGAUAUUUGCAAAACGUGUGCAAUCAUCCAAAACUGGUGUUGACACCCCAGCACCCGGAAUACAGUAAAAUCUCACUGCAAAUGCUAUCGCAGAAUUCUAGUCUCAAGGAUAUCAACCAUGCUGCCAAAUUACCUGCUCUAAAACAAUUGCUGUUGGAUUGCGGAAUAGGAUCGGAAAGUAGUGGAAGUACUGCGGAGCCUGUAGUCAAUCAGCAUCGAGCCCUCAUCUUUUGCCAGCUCAAAGCCAUGUUGGACAUUCUGGAAAACGACUUUUUCAAGACGCACAUGCCAAGCGUUUCUUACCUUCGGCUUGAUGGUUCGAUUCCUCCCGGAGCUAGGCAUUCGGUUGUCACUCAGUUCAAUAACGAUCCCUCGAUAGAUGUGCUGCUUCUAACCACUCAUGUCGGAGGCCUAGGACUCAAUCUCACUGGAGCUGAUACUGUUAUUUUUGUGGAGCAUGAUUGGAGUCCUAUGAAAGAUUUGCAAGCUAUGGAUCGAGCCCACAGAAUCGGACAGAAGAAAGUGGUCAACGUGUACAGACUGAUAACUCGUGCAACCCUCGAGGAGAAGAUUAUGGGGUUGCAAAAGUUCAAGCUGAUGACUGCCAACACAGUAAUUAGUAGUGAAAAUUCACACAUGAUGACCAUGGGAACAGAUAAACUAUUGGACCUAUUCUCACUGAACAAACAAGAAGGCAGCUCUUCCAGUGCCACCUCGAUCAACUCGCCGUUGGCGACAUCUAGCGGCCAAUCGAUGAAGUCUAUGAUGGAAUCGCUGCCCGACUUGUGGGAGGACAACUGCUACCAAGAAGAGUACGACAUCACCAAUUUCAUCAGGAAUCUCAAAUCAUAAUCUGACAACCUUCAAGUUGAAUCAUUAAAUACCAAAGCUCAACUGAACUGUAUGUUUAUUCAUUCAUUUCUUAUCGUAUUUCCAAAGCAGUCCAUAAAUCUUGAUUUAUGUAUACUGUGAUAAUUUUAACUUGUCGUAUCAUUUAGUAGUAUUGAUAUUAAUUGAUUAGUCGUUGUCAUAUCAAAACUUAGGUUAAUAAAUUAUUGGUCAUCUUUAAUGCUAGAUUUAAAUUGUACUUUUUUACUUGUGCUAGAAAUGAUUCUCUCAUUAGUAGAUGGGCUAUCUGCUGAAGUAUUAUUUUAGAAAAAUUAGCAUGUAUCGAUCUCUUUUGAAGAGGUUAAUAAAUAUUGUAGUGUAACUCCAUUCGAUACUAUGGUAACUUCUAAUAACAAUAUAGAACUGGAUGGGAAUGAACAUAACUUCCAGAUAGAAUAGUAGAAUAAUUAGGAUGAAAACUCUUAACUUCUGAUUACAAUACUCGUAAUAAUAAAAUUAGAUUGCACACGUGCAUGCAUGUAUUUGAAUAAAAAAAUAUUUGUAAAAUAACUCUAAAUGAAUAUUUAUAUCGAUGGUGUAUUCCGAGUUUGUUUUAAAUUUUUCAUAAAAUAUGCACAGCUCAUUCUAUCUUAAAUUCAGUAGUAGAACUCAGUAUUUCUUCAAAUUUAUAUUAUUUAUAAAAUCCUACUGAUAGGUUUCUUACUGUAUCAGUUCUUUGUAAUCAGUAUCCUACUGUUAUCAGUUUUGUCUAUAAAAUUUAUAGAUUUGCUUAUUUUAUUCCAACAAUAUUUCAUUUAAUAAAAAACUUCAAAUAAAGUUAUUCAUUCAAAUAUCAAGAAGUUAUUAACACAAAUAGCAGUUUGGUUUAGAUUAGAAGAAAUGAUGCCUCUGUUUAAUUAUAGAAUAGAUAAUCAUUUUUUAAAUCUGUUAGUAAGGCUCUUGAUAGCUUUUAUUUUUCCGGCUUUACUAUUUUAUAUUUUACAAAAUUUAAGUUUUAAAAGUGGGAAUUAACCGUAUAUAGUUUUGGGGGAUCCAAACAUUAAUUUGAUUUAUAAAUUACAUGUUUUUUAUUGAAGUGGUAAUAAAUUUAUUUUAAAAUCUUUGUUAUUGGAUUUUCUUUCAUGAAUUGAACGUGUUUUCUACAUAGCUCACAAUUGUUUAUAUUUUAACAGUUUUCCAUGUAUUAGUAAGCAUCUAGUUUUUGUAGUUGCUAACGUUGGAUAAACAUCAGAUCAAAAUUCAUAAAUCAUUGAUCAAAUCAUCCUAGAAUGGCAAUAAUAAUUAUUAGAAUAACUUUCUCCAUAGUUAUGAUAUUGUAUUAUCAUUCAUUGUAUUCAUCCGUUUUGUAGAUGUGUAUGAUGUUUUUUAUAAUAAUUAUUUAUUACAUUCAUCUGUAAUGCACUAUUGUGUU